CACCUCCCAACAAUCCUUCCUCCUCUACGAAGGGGUCAUGGCGGUAAUGGACAUGCUUCAUAUGUUGAAGCGGGCGUUCAUAUCUGCUGUCGGCCGUUUGGACAAGACUAUCAAUCCCAAACUUGGUUUGCACAAAUUACAGCAGCACAAAUUCACCUGGUCUGAUUCAACCUAUGCAUUCCAUACCCUUCUCGCCGCAUUCUGGCUCUAUAUCCUCCCGAUCGUUAUCAUUCUAAAGAUUGCUGUCGUGGCUCUAUUCACCAUUGGCCUAUUCAUACCCUUGACUUCCCAGUUCCUCAUUCCUGCCAUACCAGUAUUCACUUACCUGCUCUCCUUCUUCAGCUCGAGGUUCAUACCGCCAGGCUGGAGGCCGAAUAUCUCUGUUGUAUUGUUACCGACAUUGGAAUCCGUUCUCUAUGGUGCGAACAUUAGCGACGUCCUCACCCGCUUCACGCAUCCCCUACUCGAUGUCGUUGCGUGGCUUCCCUACGGCGUGUUACAUUACUCCCUCCCCUUCAUUCUUGCAGCUUUCAUAUGGCUAUUCCGCCACAAAACCGUAUUGCAUCUGUGGUCGAGGACUCUGGGCUAUUUAAUGCUCUCCGGUGUCUUGAUUCAGCUGGUCUUCCCAUGCGCUGCGCCGUGGUAUGAGUUGGUCUACGGGCUCACGCCAGCUACAUAUGACGUGAAGGGUUCACCGGGAGGUCUCCUCAGGAUCGACAAGUUGUUCCAUUCAAAUGGAUACACCCUUGCUUUCACCAACUCGCCUUUGGUUUUUGGUGCAUUCCCCAGUCUGCAUUCCGGAGCUGCAACGUUGGCAGCGUUAUUCCUCUCCCACUUCUUUCCUCAGACAACCAAGUAUGCAUGGGGUUAUACCGGCGUUUUAUACUGGGCCACCAUGUAUCUUACCCAUCAUUACCUCGUCGACGUCGUUGGUGGAGCAUGCAUGGCCGUAGCGUACUUCUACUUGUUCCUCCCAGACGAAUUGAAACAUCCAUCGAUGGCUUCAGCACCUCCCAACGGUUUACCUGGAAAUGCUCACCGUAGCGGCUAUCAAAGAUCCAAAUACGACGUUUACGGUCUUGACCAGCCCUCCUCUGCUUCGCUCAAUCGGGGGAUACUGUCCGAGAUAGCUGCCGCAGCAGACUUCGAGCUAAGCUCUGACGAGGAAGAGGAUCAUCAGGAUAUUCGUCGGCCGGGUACACCCUCCGAUCCGCGCAACCAAAAUCCCCAUUCGAAUGCACCACGACAAGAUCACCGACAUACCGCUUCCGUUGCGAGACUGAUACGCUCAGACGGAGACAGGCGCCCUCCUGAAGAAGGUUGGAGUCCUACCAUUGCUCCUGUGGACUUUGUGCCCGAGGGCAGCAGAUCAGCAAGCCGGCUUGGUAGAUAAGAUGGUCUGGUUAUUUAAUUUCGUAUGCUUAGAGGUUGAGUAUUCAGGGUGGUUGGCAUGUCUGCAUAUCCUAUUACAUACAUACAUAAGUACACCUCCAUAUAUAUAAUCUACCCCACUACAUAUCCUGGUCGUGUUGUAAGCAACAUGUCAAUCGAUAUCUGAGCACGCAUAUAAACUUCACAC